AUGCCUCGUGGUAAUAGAAAAAGUCACACGAUGAAAACUGACGAAAAUCAACAAAAUACGAUGUCAACGGCAACAACAUCGUCGCCUCAAGAGAUGACAAGUGCAGGUAGCGAUGUAACACCCACGCAAAAUUCAGCGGGUGAAAAUUUCAAGAAACCUCAUCUUAAACUUUUCAAUUGCUUGAUGAAACCGUCGUUGUCCUUGACUUCGUUGCCACCGCAAUCACCAAAAGAGACGUCAGACGAAACUCAAUCAGUUGAACGGCCUUACAACAGCCUGAAGAAAAAGCGUGACGGUGAAAAAGAACUUUGGAGACGAUCAUGGGAAUCUCAAAAUUCCAUCAGCACAACAACAUCACAUACUGGAACGAGCGGCGGUAAAAAUGGAAAUGACUUUUGGGCUGCAUAUAAUUUUAUUAUGGACACAAAUCUCAUUGACUCGUGUCGUGAGGCGAGUGGCGAAACCAACAAAACUACAAACGAUGAUACAAGCGAUUUUAAUUCACUCAGAAAUUCCAGCAAUCAAAUGAUCCAUUUCGAUGCAUCACGAUCACAAGGAUCUACAACAGAUCCGCGUAGACUCAGAAGAUGGUUACGCGAAAUGGAAGCAAUCGUUUCAAAAAUGCCUUCAAUAACUGAAGCCAUGAAAUUGAACCUUAAUGAACUGAAAAAGUUUUCACUUGAAAGUGCUGUGAAUUUAGCAACGGAGUUAGAUUAA